AUGUCGCUCAAAGGCCAGACCGUUCUUAUAACCGGCGCCUCCAUGGGCAUCGGCGCUGCCGUUGCAAAACGCCUCGCAGCGGAGUCCGCAACCCUCAUCCUCUUCGCACGCUCAACUGCAAAACUGAAGGCAGUUGCCAACGAUAUAACAUCAACAUAUCCAAAUAUCCAAGUCUUCACCGAGCCCGUAAACGUUUCGGACUAUGACGCUCUCUCCACAGCUAUAUCUCACAUGUCCCGAGUUGCUGGCCCAAUCGACAUCCUUGUCAAUAACGCUGGACUUGCUUUGGGCGCACCCAACGCCUUUCCGGAUCUCAAAAUCCAAGAUGUGGUCACCAUGACAGGUACCAAUAUUAACGGCUUCAUGUUUGCAACGUAUGCGGUGUGGAAUGAGGGUGGUAUGAAGAAGAGAGCUAAAGGAAUCAUUUUGAAUGUGACAAGUACCACAGGACUGGAGGUUCCGCCUUUUUCUGGUGAGGCAGUGUAUCAUGCGAGUAAAGCGUGUCAGGAAGCAUUUACGAAUGUGUUGAGGACAGAAUUGGUGGAUAGUGAUAUCAAGGUUCUUGCGUUGAGACCUGGGGUUGUGGCCACGCAUUUUCAUGAACAAAGAGUUGGAUUCGAUAAAAGACAGUACGAGGAUUUCAUGGAGGGUUUUGAACCAUUGGUUGCGGAAGAUGUUGCGGAGACGGCCGUAUUCAUGCUAAGUCAGAAAGAUCGCGUUAGUGUUAAGGCUUUGGAUGUUGUCCCUACGGCGCAGAGAAGUCUACAGGUUUUUGAUCGGAAGUGGAAUAGUAGAGUAGCGGGCAGGGGGACGUCGGAUGCUAAGGUUGCACAGGAAGUGGAUGCAAGACGAACGUAA